ACGUAAAAUCAAUUUGCAAGAGAAUUCUUGGUGCAGCCUGCAUCAGGUGCAGGUGUGACGGCUCGGUGUCAGUGCUUCGAUUUCACCGUUGGACAUCGCAUCACUGAUGCUUGACGAUGGACGCCGAGCCUGAUGCAGAGACUGGGCUCCUGGUAUCCAAAACAGAGCCAAAGAAGUCUGCUUUGUCCACCAUCAGAGCCUUGCACCUUGUUUCCUUGAAGGACUUUGACCAUGAAAGGGCGUGGGCGAGGUACUGCAAUGCUAUCUUUCGGGGUGCUGCCACCGGUUUCUGCCUUCGCGGUGGAUUGCACCUCCUCAAAUUCAUUUUCUCCAUCAUCUUGAGUCGUAAGAAGAAUGCCAGGACACAGCCAGUGUCGGACAUGAUCGCAGACACUCUGCGCUACACUGGCUUCUUGGGAGCAUUUGCAGGCAUCUUCGUGUCUGUGGACGAAGGCAUAGCCGCUUUGUUCGGGAAGGAGCGAACUGCACGAUGGAGAGCAUUUCUCGCCGGAGCUCUGGCAGGACCAUCACUUCUAUUGACAGGGCCCAAGACGCGGCACAACAGCCUGGCCAUCUACAUCCUGCUGCGUGGCCUAACACUCCUAGUGCGCUGCGGCAACAAGCCGGACGCACCGAAGCCUGUGCAGCGGCUGCUCACCCCGACCCGGUGGCGCCACGGAGACACAGCGCUCAUGUGCGCAUGCACGAGCCAGAUCGGCUACUCCUGGAUCUGCAAGCCCCAGACGCUGCCAGCCACCUUUGUGCACUUCCUCAAUCACCACGGCGGCAAGGAGCUCUGGUUCUACAAAGCUGCAAGGGAACUGUCGGAGCGCAACUGGCGAGGCAUCCCGCCUGGCCCACUAGAAUCACUGAAAGGCACAGAGCAUGAGGGCACAGUCGCCACUCAUCCUUGUGAGUGGGCCCAUGAGGGCGAGACCUGCUCAUACUCCGCCGCCAAAUUCUUUCCUGGAGCGUAUCUGCGAGCCCUGCCAGUCUACCUGCCGGUCUACGUUCUGCCAGCCAUCCUUGUGCACAGGAAAGCGCUGUUUGAGAAGGAUGGGCUGGCAAUAUGGGCCAAGGUGUUCAAGGGCGCUCUGCGCAGCAGCGCCUUCCUGGGCCUGUACUGCACGCUGUGCUGGCGCGGCGCCUGCGUGGGCUUCCAGGCCACCCGAUCCGCAUCCCCUCCUGUCAUCGCCGCCUCCUGCUGGACAGGCGGGCUGGCGACACUGGUGGAGAAGAAGUCGCGGCGCAUGGAGCUGGCGAUCUACUGCGCGUCGCGAGCGCUGGAGUCGUUCGCGCUGUGCCUGGUGGAGUGGGGCCUGGCGCGCCGGCGUGACGUGCCCAAGCGCAUCGAUGUGCUCAUGUUCUCCGCCGCGGCCGCCGCCAUCAUGCACUGCUACAGCGACGGCCGCGGCCGACACCGCGACGUCUUCCGCUCCAAGUACCUCAACGUCCUCGACUUUAUCUUCGGCAACACCGGUGCGCGCGCGCGCGGCCCGGCCGCCCCUCAUGACCCUGCAGCAAAUUUUUUGGAGCCAUGGGAGCAAGCACGAUGUCAUCUGGCUGAGUGA